UGUUUCUCAGAAACUGAAAGGUCAAAUAUUGAUUUGCGUUAUUUUGCUACUCUUUUAUCGGAGAAACCUAGUAAAUGUUCUAAGUAAGCAGGACGGCAGUCUGAAUCACCACUCUCGGUUGCUGCCAGCUAAUCUUAGAGGAGAAGGGCAGGUGACUAUUUGUGAGAGUCUACGAAGUAUUUUGGAGAUAAAUUCGGUAGUUAUCUGUAUGAAUAAGAAAAAUGGCGCUUAACAAAGGUUCAUCGGAAGGCGUUGCAACCAGGGAAGAUUUGCAAGUAAAUUUUGCCAAGUCUUUCGUAGAUUUGUUGAAACAGCAUCGGGCGGUAUUACCUACCCUACCAGAAAUGUUGGAAAGGCUAAUACCAAACGAGACCAGUGAAACACAGAAUUUCGAUAUGAGUAGAGAAGAUGAACAACGCGUUUUAACAAAAAGGAAGAAAGCAGAUUUGUUUAGACACUACAAAUCUUUGCAGGGCGAAAUGGCAGAAAAAGAUGAAAGGAUUAAAGAGCUGGAAAAAACUAUCCAAGAAAAGAACGCACAGAUCGAAGCAAUGAAAGAAAUUACAUCCAAGCAAGAAAGAUUGUUCAAGGAUAAAGAAGAAGAAAUCACCCGUUGCAGAAACUAUUACACUACCCUAGAAAAGCUUAAAUCCAGUAGUGACGAGUAUAUUAAAGAAGCUGAAGUCAGUCAGGAGAAAAUUGGAGAAUUAACAGAUAGGAUAACUUCACUUGAAAGCGAGCUAAAAUCAAAGGAUCAGGAAAUGGCACUUAUUGAAGCAAAGUAAGCAUUACUCGUUCCUUAUUCUCGCCAUAAAACAGUUAGUCAGCCUCGUGAGCCUGGAGAAGGGCUUUUUGUGAACACCCCCACCCCCGCCACCAAGGUGUCUUCAAGAAUAAAACGAAUAUGGACGUAAUGCAUCCAAAACUGUGUAUUUUAAUUAUCACGUGGCAAUCGUGACCUCGCAUUAUGUCCGUGAUCAUCUACAGCAGUGGCGGAUCCAGACCUUGAGCU